CAUAUUGACAUAUCGGCAUAAAAGACGACUUUUUAAUUUAAUCUUUUGAGGUGCUGGCAGUUUGUGGUGUUGAAUGAGACCAAGGUAAUGUGAUUUCUUCAUUACAUAUGUUACAGCGUAUAGGAAUGAACCGGAAACGUGCUCUGAUUUUGGACACAUUUAAUACAAAGAAAAGAAAAAAUGGGACAGAGAAGUUUGGGACUGUCAGUGAAGGGGAUGGACCAGCAGAUAUCAGAUCCACACUGGAGUAUCUCAUGACACUAUUCCCUAGAAAGGUCUUCAAUGAUGCCUUACCUCAGAUUGUGUUGAAGCACCAACUCUACAGUAUACACAAUGACAAGACUAUGGUGGAUAGGGAGUUGAAUAAACUGCGGGAACAAGGAGAGUUGCUGAUGUUCCAGUUAGGCUUUGAUGCAGACGCUUUCGGGCUGGUUUUUGCUUCUGAUUACAAGGCCAAAGUGUUGGCAGAACAGGAAGGCAGAGACACACAAGGGACGGUGCAGAAGUUCUUGGACAAAGUGGUGGCAUUUUGCACAGAACUGAGCUUCAGCAAAGACAAGAUGCUCCGGGAGUUUCUUUUCACAGAUUCUGAGAUAACGCAGUUGGUGAAGUCGGGGGUUCUGACUGUGAGGGAUGCAGGCAGCUGGUGGUUAUCCAUUCCCAACUCUGGCAAAUUUACCAAGUAUUUCAUACAAGGUCGUAAGGCGGUGCUCAACAUGGUGAAGAAAUCGAAAUAUGGUGAAGUCUUAAAGGCAGAUUUAGAGGAGCGACGAACAACUGCACACGUGAAAUUCCAUAUGAAAUACCACAUUCAUGAUAUUGUUGGUGCUGAACUAGUGGAGAGCAUACAGACAACUUCAGGGAUAUUGUUACGAUUUGUUGAUUCCUAGAACCACUAACAGACAAGGCUCCUGAUUGGACCGAAGAAGUGAAACUAAGAAUGUGAGAAAGUGACUUAAUUUAAGAUUUCAGAUUUUUUUUGUGCCAAAUGUGUUAUAAAACCUUGUGGGUUUGUGAAUGAAGAGAUGUAUUUACAUGACCUUGUCAGGUUUUCAAUUAUCUUGUAAUAAAAAUGAAAUUAUUUUCAACAAGGUUGAAACA